CUCAACCAGCACAGGGACGCACCUCGCUGAGACACAACUUUGGCAACGAGAGGUAAAGGCGCCUCGCCGCCGGUGGCGGUAGCUGCACCGCCAUGCACGUGCCCCGCAGACACCCUUGGCCGGUUUGGCCCCACCACUAUAGCCCAAAAUGCUAACGAACGCGUUUACGGGAGGGCAAAUCCCGUUAGUGCCACACCCACACUCUCCCAGUGCCAGCCGCUACUAAAACCUCUUUCAGAUGCUCGCCACUGAUGAGCACUGCCGUCCACUGCCGCCAAAGCCCCAAAGCAAAGCAAAGCACGCAAUGGCAUCUCCGGGCACCGCCGCAGCGCUCCUAGUCGUCCUCGCCGCCUUGCUGGCCCCCCCGCCUGCGGCGUGCGCAUGCUCGGCGGCGGACCGCGACGCGCUGCUGUCGAUCCGCGCGGCGCUAUCGGAGGAGCGUCGUCUGGGCGUGUUCUCGACGUGGACGGGCACGGACUGCUGCGCCGGCUGGUACGGCGUGGCGUGCGACCCGACCACGGGGCGCGUCGCGGACCUCUCCCUCCGCGGGGAGGCCGACGACGCGGUCAUGGCGCCCGCGGGGCGGCCGGCGUCGGGGGUCAUGUCCGGGUACGUCUCCGACGCCGUGUGCCGCCUGGACCGCCUCUCGUCGCUGGUGCUCGCGGACUGGAAGCAGAUCUCGGGCCCUGUCCCGGCCUGCGUCGCCACGUCGCUCCCCUACCUCCGCAUCCUCGAGCUCCCCGGCAACCGCCUCACGGGCGCCAUCCCGCCGCUGGCGGCGCUGUCGCGCCUCGCCGUGCUCAACCUCGCCGACAACCAGCUCACCGGCGGCAUCCCGGGGUCAGUCACGUCGCUCGCCGAGCUCAAGCACCUCGACCUCGCCAACAACCGCCUCACCGGCCGCCUCCCGUCGGACUUCGGGAAGCUCCGGAUGCUCAGCCGCGCGCUGCUGGGACGGAACCGGCUGUCGGGUCCCAUCCCGGCGUCGGUGGCGUCGAUGCCCCGGCUCGCCGACCUCGACCUCUCCGAGAACCAGCUGACGGGCGCGAUCCCGGAGGGGCUGGGCCGCGGCUCCGGGAAUGGCGGGAACGUGCUGACGUCGCUGUACCUCGGCGGGAACCGGCUGUCGGGCGGCGUCCCGGCGAGCCUGCUGGCGAACAGCGGGCUCGGCAUGCUGAACCUGAGCCGGAACGCGCUGGGCGGCGGCAUCCCCGACGCGUUCACGCCGCGGUCCUACUUCAUGCUGCUGGACCUGUCGCGGAACCGGCUCACCGGCGGCGUGCCGCGGUCGCUGUCCUUGGCGGCGUACGUGGGCCACCUGGACCUCAGCCACAACCGGCUGUGCGGAAGCAUCCCCGCCGGCCCGCCGUUCGACCACCUCGACGCCCAGUCGUUCGCCAGCAACAGCUGCCUCUGCGGCGGCCCGCUCGGCAAGUGCACGUGACGACGCCCGCCGCCCAUACGGUCGCUGCAGCUUUGUUACCGUGAUACGUACAGCAAGUAGUGUCUGAUGACGUGGUGUACCGUAUGUGCGUGCAUGCACGACGCGUAACAAACUUUCCAGUACGUCCGUGUGCGUGGGCGCAUGUAUACGUACGUGCGUGUUGCUUGGAGCUUGGUUAAUAUAAGCUGUUAAUCUUAUAGGUUGGGUGGUGGUAAACUGGUAAUGGAUAGAUGAUGACAACUUGCGUCGUUGUGGUGUGCGUGAUGAGUGAGGAAGUUAAAUGCGUGAGGAAAAGAAGAAUGCUCGUCUUUCCUCUGAUCCCUUCCACUUUUUUUCUUUUUCUUUUUCUUUUUUUAAAAAAGAAGAGUUUGGUUUGUACAAGUGUCUGAAUGAAGCAAAAGAUAGCUAGCUUAGUAGCUUGUGCUCUCAGAGUCUGAGCUUGUAUGAGAAGUAUGAGAAGCAAUGGAUAAUGGAUUAAUGGUGAGCUGAA